GCUAAGGCAGCAGAUUCUGCAGGAGGACUUCCGCAGACGCCAUGUGGGAGGCGGUGCUGCCACUAAGACUGCUGAGGGGUAUGGAGCUGCAGGGCGCAGCAGAGGAAGAGGGGGUUGGAAAGGCCGAGGCCGUGGGAGGAGCUUUGGCAGAGGUAGAGGCCGAGGUGACUAUAAUGAGGGGCAUGGGAGCUCUAGUGGCAGGGGGAGUACCAGAAUGGAGGGCACGUGCUGGUACUGCAAGAAGAUAGGGCAUCCUUGGUUCAAGUGCUUCAGCAGGCCGGAGGGAUGGGCACCUCCAGGCAUGAAGCCACCCAGUGGUGAACGCGCACAAGGUGGCGCUGUGCAAGGCUCAGGUGCACAAGGUGAAGGUGCACAAGCGCAGAGCAGAUGCUGGAGAUGCAGUUCAAGUGCUCCAAGAUGGGUGAGGCGAAGUACUACUUGGGGAUGCACGUGGAGAGAGAUGUGGAAAAGGGUGUGCUGAGGUUG